AUGUAUCUGUUGCCAAACGAAGGGCUUAAGCCAGAGUUGGUACGAGAAACAAACGAGGCUAGUAAGAGCUGGGUAAGAGGGGACCAAAGAGGAACGGGAGAGGUACGAGAGAGGUACGAAAGAGGUCAUGGAGAGAUCCUCACAGGUACAAGAAUAAGCUCGACAUACAUAUCUGCUUCAAACAAAUUGGCUUUAAUAGUUAACUAA